GAUGAUAAAAGCAAAAUUGAAUUUCUAAAAAUUGACAACAUUCCUAUUUAGAUUUUUCAAAACAUAAUAAAAUGAUACAUAUUACCGGGCAAAAUUUAAGUACUCGAGAAAUUAUUCAAUAUGUGUUCUCCCCGCUUGUCGGUGCAAUAACAAGUCCAUAUGCUGAUGAAUUGUGCCAACGAAAUAAUUUAAGUUUCGUAGAGUUACUGCAACCUUUUGCCAAAUUGGCAAAUGAUGCCCAUUUUCGGGAUACUUCAGGAACAAGUGUUUCAAUAAAAGGACUACGUUUGAAUAUUUGUGAUAUAGGAUGGAGACCACCACAAACAACAUUAGCUAGGAAAAUGCUUAAUGAAGCGGUCACAAAUGCUGCUUUUGAAAAAUCUAAAGUUUCCCAAAUAGGGCUAAUGAAUGUAGAAAUUCCACAAUCAGAACCAUGGUUUGAGAAUUGGCGUGAGGCAUUUUUAACAGUUCAGUUUCCGGCUGACCAUGAGUUUACGAGACAUUUUUUAAGUUGUUUAAUUGUUUUGUCGGGGUCAGAUCCAAAUAUAUUGGAUACAGCAAACCAGUUAACAAAAAAAGUUCAAAUGCUUCAAAAUAUAACACCACAAAAAUUACCAAAAUGGUUUCAAAAUAAUGAUGUAUUAAAUAGUUAUGUUUUAUUACAUGACUUAUCCCAGGGCGAUAUAUCGAAAGCUCAGCAGACAUAUGAAAUAUUAAAAUCCACUUUUGGUGAUAAUAAGUGCUUUUUAGUAGCGAUAAAUUCUCUAACAGAACCUUCAAGUGAAGCCGUAGACCCUUGGACAAAUUAUCUCAAAAGAGCUCCAAAAUCAGACAACUUAUCAGACCAAGGAAGUGCACCUAAAACUCCACAAGAUAAUACCGUUUCAGCUAUGCCUUCCGUGACAAUUGAAGGAAAUAACGAAUCAGAGGGAUUUUUACAUCCUCUAAGUCCAAUACAAGAGCAAGCUACUGAAGCAAUUCAUUCAAAAUUUUCGAAUAGCUCUGAAAGUAUUAAUUCACAAACUUUAAAUCCAAAUGUGUGGGCAAGUGAAAGUGAUUAUGAUGCUCCACAUGGAAUGUACCUUGGACCAACUGAUAUUGAAAAUUUAAAACAUUUUGUUCAAGAUUAUACAGUUCGCGGAUUAAUUCCGUAUGUUGAACGUAUUGUUGGAACUUUAAACGAAGCUAUAACAAACAAAAAAGGUGUAAGCAAAUCAUUACUAAGUGCUACUAAGCGUUUAUUUGCAACCAGUAAGCCUGUAGCUGGUAGUGGAAGUCAAAAUGCAGUAAUUUACACAAAUGAAUCUUGUGAACUUCAAACUCGUAAACUUGGUGAUUUAUAUUUUAUGUUUGGACACUACAAUUUAGCUUUUCAGGCUUAUCAUCAAGCCAAAAGAGAUUUUAACGCAGAUUCAGCUUGGCAAUAUUUCGCUGGGGCUUUAGAAAUGGCUGCAUUGUCAGCAUUUAUGUUAGGGACUGCAAAUCGAAAAACUUAUGAUUAUAUGGAAAGCGCGAUAGAAUGUUAUUUAACUUCUUGCAGAUUGCAACAAUUUGCUACACGUGCAACUUUGCUGAGUGUUGAAUGUUUGAAAAAUGCAAAACUUUAUGGUGAAGCUGCCAAACAAUUGAUACGGAUGACUAGUGAAGAAUCAGAUUUAAGAUCAGCUCUUUUGCUAGAACAAGCGUCAUAUUGUUUUUUAGCAUCUCAACCACCAAUGUAUAGAAAAUACGCAUUCCACAUUGUGCUGUCAGGAAAUCGAUUUUCUAGAUGUGGACAAAGAAAACAUGCUUUUCGAUGUUACAAGCAGGCUUAUCAAAUUUUUCAAGAUCGUGGUUGGAGUUUAGCAGAAGAUCAUAUUCAAUACACAAUAGGCAAACAAGCAGUUACACUUAAAAAACUGGACGUUGCUAGCAAGUCUCUAGCUCAUUUGCUAAGACCGUUGAGUUUGCAAAAUGUUGCGCAACAAGCAGCUUUUCUUCGUGAAUAUAUUGCAACACAAAAAGAACUAAUAAACCAAAAUAAUGGUGUUGGGCUCCUUGAAAUUGCUUUACCAAAAGUAAAUCAAGCAUCUUUAAGAGUAUUAGUAACUUCUCAUCCGCCUGUAACUAAUCCUUUGUACAUAUCUGCAACAAACGUCAAUAUCAAUUCAAACUUGAAAAAUGAAGCAAUAUGGCAAAAACUGGAAGAAAUAGUAGUGACCCAUGUUUCCGCGAAACCAAUGGUAUUUAAACCAGCCAAAUGUUUAUUUACCUCAGAAAAUCUUACAACCGAUAAACCUUUAAGCGUUCAUGGGGAUCCUAUUGAAAUCAGUGUUUGUGUGCAAAAUACUAUUAAACCAAGCAUUACAUUCUCUGAUAUCAAUUUAUUAUGGAAGUUUUCACUUGAAAACAAUGCGGAAGUGACAAAUAAAGUUUUCUUCGAAGGGAAAUGUACGGAACGUGAGAAAGAAAUAAUUAAUUCAUCUAUGGUAACAACUGACAGUCAGCAAAUCGUAUUGAAUGAAAGUGAAGAAAAAAUUUUGAAAUUUAAAUUAACUCCAAAAUUGAUUGGGGAAUUACGCAUUAUUGGAAUAGCUGGCCGUAUGGCUUCUACAAAUGAAGCUGGGCAACUAUUAGGCAGCAUAUUAUUUGAGCCUCAGCCUAUAAAAGUAACUGAAAAAUUUUCAGCAAAUGUAGAACGCCCAGUAUUAUUCGAUAAUAAGCUCAAUAUAGAAAUUUUACCACCAGCUCCUUCACUCCAUGUUAGUUUUUCUAAAAUACCUACAGAUGUUGUUGUAGGAGAAAUUAUGCCAAUCACUAUUUGCUUAAGAAAUUCGGGAAUGUUGCCAAUUGAAAGCAUUUAUUUAUGUACAGAGCAACCAAGGUGUAUAACAUUUUUAAAUGAUCAUGUGGGAUUACCCUUAUCAGUCUUAAAAGAUUACAAAGACUUAACAAAUGAAGCACUAAGUAAAGACAAAGAAAUGCGAAAACAGCAUGUAUUUAAAAUACCUCAGAUUGCUUCUAAUACUUUGAAAUCUGAGGAAACUAAAACAAUUCAAAUGUGGAUACAAGCGCCAUAUAUUAUAGGAGAACAUAAGUUGCGUCUAUUAGUAUACUACUCCAUGCCGAAGGAUUAUCCAAAAAUUAGGUAUCGAUUAGUUAGACAUGAAUGGGAUAUCAACGUUUUCGAAUGCCUUCAAGCAGAAGUAACCACUGUAGUUGGUAAUUUAAUGACAAAUGAGUUAGGACUGGAUGUUCAUUUGAAAAAUAUGAAUCAAGAGCAUCAUCCUCUAAUGACUGAAGUUUAUAUAAAUUCGAUUGAAAUGUAUUGUCCAAAAUAUAAACUUAAUACUGAUAGAAUAUUAUACACAAAUGAAAUGGAAAUAGUUAAUGGACAGUUAAAUGAAAAGUGUUUAAAACCAUCAAAAUCAGUUAGUUUCCGUUGUAAACUUAUGGAGAAUCCAGCUGCUAAGAAAGUUAAGUCAGAAAUUGAAUAUAUUAAAACAAGACUUUCAGCUUUGCCAGUAACACCCAAUUUAAAUCAUCACUUACAAAUCAUUCCUUCGUUUGAAAAGAUUUAUAGUUUUCUUAUGAAACAUGAAACCCGCUACUUAAAUGUAUACAAUGCAGCAAUCAGCACCGAAGAAUUUAAUAGCAUGAUAGCAACUUAUGAUCCUCAUAUGACUAUCGCUAUUACAUGGACUGCAAUAAUAACAGAAGCCAGUUCGUCCCAACGUUCAGCUUACGGUCAACAUUUUAUCCCAUUACGAAAUCUUUAUGAACAGGUUUCAUGCCCAGAAACCGCAGAUUAUAGAAUUAAGACUUAUUUAGGAGAUCAUUCAUAUCACAAAAUAUAUGAAUUUGAAGGUAUGAAUGAAAUUGAUAACGAUUUUGAUGAUGAUCAAUGGGAGCCGAAUAAAACAAUUUUUGGUAAACGAUGCUUACUUGAAGAUGAAAGCAUGUUAUUAAACACAAAAGGUCAAAUAGAAAAUACAAAAGUUUUUUAGUUAUAAUCCAUAUUAUUUCGUAAUUAAAUAAAUAAUAUUUAUUUAAAAACCAUUACAA